AUGCGUGAAUUGUCACAAGCAGCUCUUGUUUGUCUCGUUCCUCAUAAGUACUCUUCGUCUGUGGAAGAAUGUGAGCCUUCGGCACCACAACACAUUUUUCGUCUUCCAUUUGAAUUUGAUGAUAAAUUUGGACCAUGGUGCAUUCUUCUUAAAGAAGACUCAAUUAAGGCAAUGGGAAUGUUAAAGAAGUCUUAUAUUGAGGCAAUUGAGAAAAAGCUCAUCGGGAAAGUGGAAAAAACACGGUCUACAACGCAACGUCGACUAUGGUUUCUCUAUCCACAACUAUUUGAACAUACCACUUGUCAUAAUUUGGAUUGUCACUGCAAGCAAAAAGAAAUUAAUGAAACACUACAAAAUCUAGUGAAGAUUCAUCAGAUUUACAGGCCUCGUUUUAAAGAUUGCUACAGAAAGAAACUAGAUUGUGAACUGGUCUACUCGGAAUUCUCUGUCAUCAAGGGUACAAAUACCGAGAUAGAUUAUAUUUCACGGGAAGAUUAUCGGGCCAUGAGUACAAAGAAAUAUCCAGCAUUUUGCAAUAAUCGAGACGAAAUUUAUGAUUUAUUUAAGAAAUAUGAGAAGAUGAAGGCAUUAAAUGGGGAUUAUGACUCAGUAGACCGCAGAAAAAAAGGCACUUGGCGGUCCAUACAUUCACGAAUUGACAUUGACGAAUGUCAGGAUAACCAGAUCUUGGAUUUCUCACUUAUCUUGAAAAUCUUUGACGGAGUGGAAAGCAUUAUGAUGGCCGGUGAUAUAGCUCAAUGUAUUGCACGGGGAUCCUCUUUUCGAUUUCAAGACUUACGUGCCUUGAUGCAUAAGUGGGAGCUCGACCAUUAUAUGCAUAAUGGUAUAAGAACUAAAUUGUUUGAGCUGAACAUUAACUACCGCUCCCAUAAUGGAAUUAUUCAACUUGCCUCCUCGGUGAUUGACCUCAUUAAGCAUUUUUUUCCCGAUUCUAUUGAUCAUCUUUCACGCGAGCGCGGAGAGAUUGAUGGGCCGCAACCUGAAGUUUACGUGGAAUAUCCAAUCGAAAAAUUUCUCUCCGACUUUUUUCGCACGGAAGAUCACGAGAUUAAUUGUAUCGAAUUUAGUGCUGAACAAGUCAUUAUCGUACGUAAUGAAGAAGCUAAAUAG